GUGUUAGGAUCAACGAUGAACAGAGCUCAAGCUGCAAGAAAGAGCGUGAAGAAACGGCCCCGUUUCUUUUACUCCUCCUCCUCCUCCUCCUCCUCCUUCUUCUUCUUCUUCUUCUUCUUCUUCUUCUUCUUCUUCUUCUUCUUCUUCUUCUUCUUCUUCUUCUCAGACAAGGCAAAAGGGUUCCUCGUUCUUUUCUGUCUUGUCCUCUUCUCAAAAUUCUGUGCUGCCAAAGAAGCCUUAAUUCCAUUCCUUCCAUUAAAAUACGAGUUCAUGGAGAGCGCAAGCACGCAGCAACCGGAUUUUGAUCCAUCACGAGCAGUUCCUAGAGAUUUCCCAUCCAAAGAGGAGCAGAAGGUGCAAGUUCCGGCGAUGGCCGAUGACGAUGAUGACAACAAGAGGAAGAUCGUAGUGAAGUCCGAUGACAGCUUCGUGGCUCUCGACAUCGCGGAACUCGUCGCUGCAACCGAUCAGUGGGAUCCUACUGCGAGCCCACGAGUCCCGAAGCUUGUGAUGAAGAGCCUCUCAAGAAACGGAUCGCAGCGAAGCGGUGACGGCGGCGGAGGAGGAGGAGGUGCAGCCGUCUCCGCCAAAGGUGGGCCCAGCGGAAGGGAUAAGCCGCCUGCGUCGGCACACGUGGCCGUCGAAGGGGAAGCCGGCAGAGGCAGGUGCAGGCGAGCGGCCGGCUGCCGGCGUCCGUCGCUCUGGCGCGACCCCAGAAGAGUCCUAUUCGUCUUCGCUUCCUUGUCGUGCAUGGGAACACUGAUACUGCUCUAUUUCACGCUCUCCAUGGGCAGCAUGACGACCACCGGCGAUGCCGAUUCCAGAUGAUGCAUCAUUUUGGCGCACGCUUCAAACCCCACUGAUUGUUAGAAGAGAGACAAAUGUUUGAUUCCAGUCAUGAUCGAAUCCUUUUGUAUUCCAAUAUGUUGGAUGAUGGAACGAAUAAGAAAAAGAGCACACAGAGAAUACUUGGAUGGUAAGACAAUGAUGCACCGAGACAGCUAUAUACUAAUCUUAGCCUGUAGUAGUGCACAGAAACGAACUUUAUCUCUGUCGAUGGGUUUGAUGCAUAUAUAAUAACUUGAUGCUUCCCUUCCACUAAAUCAA